AGUUUCGGCUCAGGCCGCCCCCCCCCUCUGCCGGCCGUCCUGGGGGCGCGGCCGCCCAGCGGCCGCCGGGGGGCGAGCCCGGCGGAUGCUCGCGGGCAUGCCCUGAGAGGUGGCCAGCUCAUCCUGCUCCUCGCCCGCGCAGCAAACGGCGGCGUGAUGGGGACGCCGUCUGGGAGCAAGAACCAGACCGUCUUCGACGACCGUCUGGAGCGCCGCGCCAGGGACGACUUCGACGGCGGCGCCUACUGGGGCCCUGGGGUCGAGGGCGCCGACUCCUCCGCCUACAUCAGGAAGACGGUGGAGCUGAAGGCUGCCAAACGCCUUGAGGCCGAGGAGAUUAACGAGUUCUACGAGGGAAGGAACGAGGUGCGGAUCGAGCAGAAGAUCAACAGGUUCGAGCAGCUGAAGCCGAAGGCCGCCGCCGUGGGCCCCUCGGCGGCGAACCACAUCAAGAAGGUGCCCUCGUUCAUCCGGACGAAGAGCAAGGAGAGCAACGCCGCCGACGAGGAGGCGCCCGCCAAGAAGGCCAGGACGGCCGAGGCCGCCGCCGACGGCGGCGCGCCGGCACCCGCGCCCGCGGGGGAGCCGGCGGGCGGCGCGCCCGCGGAGGCCAAGGCGCCCGGUGCCGCCGCGCUGGGCGGCCUCCUGUCUUACGGGUCGGACGACUCCGACGAGGAGGAGGACGACGAGUAGAGGGCAGCGCGCGCGGGCGCUCGGGCGCGCGCGCGCCCGCGCGCCUCUCGGCGGGAGGCCGCCCGCCCGCGCCGCCCCGCACCCGCAGGCGCGCGCGCACACAUCGCGCGCCGCCCCGCCCGCCC